AUGGACAAACAAGCUUUGCGCCCUACCCCUUCCAUGGGCUUCGGGCUAUCGAUGACCUCGUCAGACGAGGCUCACUCCCCAGAUUCUCUCGCUCCCACUAGUUUCCUAGAGUAUGAUGACUCGAAUGUAGAUGGCAAGGCGAAGCGUCCUCGGGAGGAAGCUGGGGUCGAGCCUAAAACUAAGAGAGUCAAGGCCGCAAGCGGUAAGAACCCCCGAGCGAAAGUCAAAUAUCGUGGAAUGAGUCAAAAGAUGGCGAACGGCCUGUACCAACAGAUCAUCAAGCCAAGGAACCUGGGGGUAGGGGCUGUCAGUGGCUCAGCGGUGGCCGGGGGUAAACCUUUCGCUCUUGAUGAGAUCGUAGAGGAAAGGGAAGGUGUUUCCCUUGGGAACGCCCUAUUAAGGUUCAAGGAUAGGAUUUUGCCAAGCAGUCCAAGCGAAGGACCCUACCUUCUCCAGGGCAUCUCCUCCCCACUGUCCCCCAUCCAGAUAACCACCAUUCAUUGGAUGAUUGGGCGAGAAUCGUCAAGGGGUGUACACGGCCAAGGAGGCAUCCUAGCCCAUGGAAUGGGCGUGGGGAAGACACUGAUGGCUCUGGGGCUCAUGAUAGUGAACAAAACGGGCCUAACUUACAAGAAAAAUAAAGGUCAGUGCGCCACGCUCGUCAUCGCUCCUUCGGACGCCGUUAUCGAGCAUUGGCUAGAAGAAUGUUGGAAACACGCGUCCGAAUUCUUCCCAUCGUCAAGCAUGGCCCGAUACCGCGAUCUGCGGAAACUUGACAAUGUGGAGGCUAUCCGCCAGUAUAAAGUCGUCCUUCCCGCGGACAAGAGAACGAAGCGCAAGAACGCCCAGUGGCCCCAAGAGUCUCAACCAGCCCCGGGAGCUCACAUGCAUUCCACCGCUGAUACCCCGACGCCAUUGAUAUUCCAGGCCGAGUGGCAUAGGGUCAUCCUUGACGAAGGCCAUUCUAUCAAGAACGAUAAAUCAUUGACUUUCCGGGCUGUUGCUGCUCUCAAGAAACGCCAUGGAUGGGCCAUCACCGCCACUCCUUUGAGCAAUGAUAAGGACGAGUUGUUUCCUUAUUUCAACUUCAUUGGCAUCAAGGAUUCCGAGAGUAUGGAGAGGUUCCGCGAGGUGUACUUUCCUCAAAAGGUGGCCUCCGCCAAUUUGAGAAAGACACUCGCCACGGUCAUGACCAGGUACCAGGCCUCGGACUCGUUCCUCAGAAAGGAGGUAGCACCUUUGCCGCCGUCGCACGUCUCAACAAUUGCUUGCCAACCAAGUGAAGAAGAACGAGUUAUCCUAGGAUUCCUGGAAACAAGAAUCAAGAGUUCCGCGACGAAGAGCUUGGAAGACUCUAUCGUGAAAGAGGAGAACGCCAAGGUGGCUAUGAAAAGGGCCAAGUCGUCGAUUUCCGGCCUCUUUCACAUAUACCGCUUCGCCGCCAUCCACCCUUUCAUGCUCGAACGCGCUAUAAUCGACCAGUUUGAUAUCCUUGAUGUCAAGGAAAUAAUUGAAAAGAUGGCAAGGAUUAAGAGCCCUGCCAGUCGCCAUCUUCGCGAAAUCCUGGAACUAGCGCUCUACGACAAGGAGCUCCGAGGACAGAGGUGUCUGAGUUGCCUGAAAGAGUGUGAAACUCUUCGUAUGGAGCUGUUCCGAGCCUCGUGUGGCCACAUGUUCUGUGGCAUGUGCUUCAUGAAGAAGUUUAGCAUGUAUGCGACUUUGAGCGCCCCUAUCCUCCACCGAGAGGAGGACGAUGGCGAGGAAGAGGGUGGUGAGGACGGAGACCUGAAUGACUGGAGUUCGGCUCAGCAGGCUAAGAAACCCGCUGGCCGAGGACGUGGCAAGAAGGUUCAAAAGAAAUCACCAGGCCCAGGAACGGAUAUCCAUGGAAAUGAGCCGAAUCUCGACUUUAACAAGUCCCGAUUCCUUAAUUACUCGGAUCGGUUCAUCAAGAAGAACCAAAGCGUUGUACCGAGCGCGAAGCUCGCCAAACUGCAGUCCCUGCUUCGCCAAUGGAGCAAUGAAGCCCCCAACGACAAGAUUAUCGUUUUCACCCAGUUUAUGCUAGUUGCCAGAAUGGCAGGCAGAGUUGCCCGCCUUGAGAACUUGCCCUUCCUUUACUAUACAGGAGAUAUGUCCGAUACUUCGAAAAAAGCGGCUCUCGACACCUUCCGCAAUGACCCAUCCGUCAAAGUUCUCGUUGCCUCUCUCAUGUGCGGAGGCCAGGCUCUCAAUAUCACCGCGGCCAACAGAGUCGUACUGAUGGAGCUAUGGUGGAAUUCUCCCGCCGAGGAGCAAGCGUUCUCUCGCACAUACCGCAUCGGCCAAGAGAAGGACGUCUACUUCGUGCGUCUGACCACCGAGGGGACCAAGGACGAUGAUAUGCUGGAAAUCCAGCAGUCCAAGGAGGCGAACCUGAGCAACUGUCUGAUGACAGAAAAGCCAGGCAUGUCGAACCACUCGUACCUUAAGAUCUUGUCCCUCGUCGGGAACCCCAUUGAGGACGAGUUUGGAAGGAUUAUCGGCAUUGAGAAGCCUUUGGAGUCUUAUCACGAAGGCAACUACGAGGAACAGACGAGUGUUGACGAGGGCAGUGGAGGUGAGGACUUGGGAGAGUAA